AUGGAUGAUGAUUCUAUUCAGACUUUACGGAAAUCUACCCGGGAGUCAUUAAAAUUAAACCGGCGAUUUCAAAGGGAUGAAGUUAAUGAUGUGCAACGAUGUAUAAAACAAUUAAGCAUAUCGCCACAAAGUUUUGAUGAAGUUGUCCAGAAGUUAAAGUCCAAAUCCAUUGUGAUGGAUGCCGAUCUUCAAAUCCUUAAGAAUGGUUUAAUGGAUAAUCCAAAGAACAUUGAAAUUGUUUUAAGAACCCAUGGAACUUUACGUGGCCUUGUAAGAGAGCUUUCAGGUAAUGACAUAAGAAAACAGUGUGCUGCCGCGGGUUGCUGUUGUAACCUAGCUCUCGGAGAUUCAAGAGCAUGUAUGGCUAUAGCUAAGGCAUCUGGCCCAUAUCUGACAGCAGCUCUUGACAAUCUCACUGCUGAAUUAGCGAUAAACUGCGCUUGGGCAUUGGGCAAUUUGACCGGCUCUGGGACGAAGGCGUGCGAUGUGCUUGUAGCACAGGGCGCAUUGUCAAAACUCUGUGAACUGCUGGAGAGGAAUAACGAUGAUCUUCAAGAAGCCGCAACUUACGCACUUACACACUUUGCAUAUCACAUGGAAGACGAUCUGAGAACCGAACACCUUCAGAAGUUGCUGAAGGCAUUGUCAAAAAUCGAAGCCAGUCCAUCCACCUGCCAACUGGCCUUCAUACUAUCCUGUCACGGGGACUUCGUGGAAAGUGUGCCCGGGGAAUUCCCGCAGAGGUUGCUGGCGGCCUUGGACACGUGCGUGGCGAGACACCAAGGCGGCUGCGGGAGGGACUGCAACUGCGAACUGGUGUAUGUGGUCAGGACGUUGGCCAAUAUGGACGAGGAGGUGUACGGUGCUGUAUUGCAUCGCUUCUCCAGCGGUGACCUCGGCAAGAGGCUUUGGCAGAUUCUUAAUUCAGACAGCGGUGGACUCGGGCAAUCCCUGUUGUGGCUGUUCGGCAAUUUAUACAACUCUCGCACCGACGAUGCGUUCUUUGCUACUUUA